AUGCUCGCUGGACGGAACCAAAGCCACGCUUCACGCCACCGUCAACAUGACUGCCUUCACCAUCAACAACAGCACACGACCCGAACACAACAAAAGGAGGACGUUCAGGCUGAGCUUCUUCUCUCUACCCUCUUCCUCUGCUUCUCCGGGCUUGACGCUGCCUGUCGUCCCCAACGGCGGCAAGACGCGUCAAGUAUGGCCGCGACGCUGGGCGUGACCUCCGACGAACGGCUCGACCCUUCCCCGGCGCCUUCCUCGAAGGAAGCUACUGCCCCUGCUGCUUCAUCACCAGUCAAGGUCCACACCUCGCCGCUGCGUCCUCUGAAAUCGGUACCGCCUUUCUCCUCACAUUCCAACUUUCCCGCACCACCACCACCAGCGACGCCGAAGCGCAACCCCUUCGCGCGCACGACCUCGGACGCAUGCGCGAGCUUCAAGCGCUCAUCCCUCCUUCCUCCGACUGCGCACUCGCCGAUACGGUCACCACGCCCAGCCGAUACGCUGAGUCCGCGCACACCGGCAGCGAAGCGGGGCUGGCGCCUGCUGUGGCGCGGUGGUCUUGAGCUGACGACAGGAAUAACGUUCCUCGCGCGCGUGAAUCCCGGUAAUGGUGUUUCGCCCUUCCCCAACGCGGGAGCAGCUUCGGCAGCGGCGUUCGCGGCUGCGAAUAACAGCCCGAACCUUCCCUCCGACGCGGACCUCAGCUUGUCGCUCGAGAGCUUGCGCGGACGCAAGUUCCUGCAGGUCCGCGGCUUGACACUUCUGGAGGAUGAGGAGCUGGAUAGCGGCGACAGCGUGCAAGUGUCCAUCACGUCACCUCUCCUCGCCGCCUACGUCGAAAGCCACUUCUCCCGCUCCCCGCUCGUCGGAGGCCGAACUGUUUCGGGCCUAGUGGUUGGCCUAGGUGAUGCCGGCGUCGCACCUCGCUAUUUCCCCGCGAACCCGCCUAAGAAGCCUCCGCCGCCGUUCCCAAAUCGGCGCAGCUUGUCGCGCGCCGCGAGUGUGGCUUCGUUAGGUGCUGCUCCGCCGCAAUCUGCACCACCAAGUGUGUCGCCAGUUCUUCCAGCCUUUCCCGUGCCGAACGGGCGGUCACCCGGGCGAAGAGGGGAGAAACGGCCCCGGCGACCUGAGGACGACGAUCGACGGCGCCGUAAAGCCGGCAAGAUUGUGCCUGAGCCGAGCAGCGGUGUGGCCGAGGAUCCUGAGGCUAUCUUCGGUCGAGCGCCCAGUGUCGCGCCGUCACAGACUGGAGACAAGCCUCUGUCCCAACGUGCAGCGGAUAACAAGAACGUGAGCUUGGUUUCUGUUCUCGAGCUAACGGCAGAUGAUCCGCAAGCGUGCGAUGCAGGCGAUGGAGUCGCGCGGCUGCUCGCGCUCGCACGACGACUUCAAGGAGGUCUUCGGCAUGGUCACGCGCGGAGCGUAUUUCGCUUUGAGAUCAACGGCAGGCUCGACAAGUACCGCGUCUCGGGCAUCAUUCACCAGCACCUCGACAUGUACCUCGCUUCGGCGUCUGAGAGCGAGGACGAGCAGCCAUUACGUUCUGAGCCGACCUUAGUAGACAUUAGGAGCGAGCCGGAGUACGCCUCGUAG